AUGUCGUCAUCAGCCUCGACAGGGCGCCUCCAGGAGGAAGUUGAAUCGGGCAUCGGCGACUCCGCUUCAGUAGCGGUGUCGGUAGCUGCGAUCGAUCUUGACAUCGCGCUGGUGGACAAAGAUGUGAGAGAGAUUUUGGCGUGCUUGCAGGAAGGCGGCGAGGACCUAUCCUACGCGGGGAACAGCAGCGCGACGCCGGAAGGCAGGGCUUUCCUGGAACGCGAGCUCGACGGCCUCAUGGUGGUCAAAGCGAGGUACAAGGAGAAGAAGCUCGCCCGGCUGCAGCUGCAGAGGGGCUUGCCUGUCGUUGCGGUGGACUGGGAAAUCGCCCGCGUGGAUGCUGAGGUGAGGGAGGUGCUGGGUGCUCUGCAGGGCAAGUCGGAGGGCUCGCCCUACGCCGGGAAGAGCAAGGACGUCCUCGAGAAGAAGCUCGACGAGCUCAUGAGGGAGAAGACGGAGUACAAGGAGAAGAGGCUGGCCCUGCUAGAGCUGCAGGACGACCAGCUGAAGGCCCCGGGGAGCGACGCCGCCGAUAAACCUCAGCAACCAGCACAAGAAAAAACUGGAUCGGGAGCAGUAGCUGAGGUGGCGAUUGCAUCACCGUCGGGGAGUUUCGCAGAAGAGGAAACGCGAUCAGUGUCGGAAACCACGUUAGCGUGGACAGAAACGGUUACGAGGGGAACGUACGACGCACCCAAGCGGACGGCGGAGUUGUACGCCCCGGACGCGAUUCUCUGGGGAACGGAGGUCUGCGGUCCCGACGACGACCUUUGGGGAACGGUCUCCGAAACGGUCCGCGACACUCCCGAGCAGAUCUACGCCUACUUCGACUACUUCGCUCGACUCCCGGAGCUGAAGGUAGUGGAGUACACUCCGGCCCCCGUUCGCGUCUACGGCGACUUCGCUGCGCAGGCCGGCACCUACACGUUUUCGUGGCAGGGUACAGAUGGUUCGACCGUCGAGAUGCGAGCCCGCUUCAGCUUCACGUUCAGGAGGGCGGGGCCGAGCAGCCCGCAGCCUUGGACGAUCGUGGAACACCACUCCUCCUCCAUGCCCACGUCCCCGUUAGAGCUCGAAUUAAACCGGGUUGGAUCGAACACGAACCUGGCCGCCGCCGCUUCCGCCAUUCCGGCACGAGAGGCCAAAAUCGCAUCCUCCACCGCGUCCGCCCGUUCCGCCGCCGCCGCUCCCGCUCCGGCACCUUCGCUCUCCGAUCACCCCGACGCGGAAGGGCCAGAGGCGUCGGUGUCGGCGGCGUCGGCGGCAGAACCCGCGCCGGCACCGGCGCCUAAGGCUAGCCGAUCGCCGAUUUGGAGCGGGUUGUUCCGUGCCUUCACCAGCUCGGCGGCGUCCGCUGCUUCGUCCGAUCAGCCGGCUGCCGCUUCUGUGGCUUCUGCCCCAGAGGCCAUGACGAAGACAGCGGAAGAGGAAGAGGAGGCGGAGGAGGCCAGGGCGGCGGAGGAGGCUAGAGCGGAGAUCGAGAAAGCAGCGGAGGAGGCCAGGGCGGCGAGAGAGAGGUCGAGAGCAGCGUUGGCGGCAGCAGAAGCAGAAGCGAGAGCUGCGGCGGAGACUAAGGGCGGCCGUGCGUCCAGCAGCGGACUGCACACCCCGCCGGGGCCCGAGAGCGAGCAUCAUGAAGAGGUCAGGGCUUCUUCGUCCGCGGUGUCGUCUUCGGCUGUCGCUAGGGAGCUUUCGUUCGAUGGCGCUGGUGCCGGAAAAGACGCCAAGAUUCACGAUAUUACGGCGACGGUCGGCCCCCUAGGCCUAGGGCUGAUGCUCGGGGAGGAGAAAGAAGGCACCCGAUGGGUCGUUAAGGGAUUUCGAGUCAUGCCAGACGGAAAGCCCAACCCUGCCGAGGCGGCCGGUAUCGAAGUCGGCGACACUCUCCAGAAACUGGGCGGGGUGCCCUUGGGCUCGUACAGAGACGGAAUUGAGAUUUUCAAGAAGCAAAGGGGCCCCGUCGUUCUCACCAUUUCCCGCCAAAACGGUGCGAAAUGAUGUUUUUCCCGUUCCGUUGCCGUAACCGUUACCGUUGUAGGAGCCGUCUGUUGCCAGUUUCCAACCGGUACCAGCAGCACGAGUGAUGAUGUCGGACCAGCCGGCCGGAAAGGGAAGUUGGCCCGGACUGAAGAAAGUUACAAGAAAUUAUUUCCCCGCUGCUGGAGUGAGGGAAAGAUGGGGGUUCGUUUCAUUCUGUUCCGAUUUUUUUUUUUUCCCCACUCUUACAGAUGCGUUUUUGUUAGGAUGUACCUCUCCAUACUGCGGAGGAUAGAAGCGCUAUGUUUUUUCCGGACGAUAGGGUUUGUAUGUCCGGAAGUGUAACCUGCUCUGCAGCGUGGUUCUCAUUUUUACCUUGUUUUGUUGGAUGCACUUCCGAGAAAUUUUCAAUAAAUAUUUUCGUGGCCGCCGUUGGCUGGCUCUUUGCUGGCUAACGAUUCGAUCGGUUGGCUUGGGACAUGACUAACUGUCGUUGAUCACACACAAGCGCGUACCUAGUCAGGUCAAGGUCCAAUGGGGCUGGCCGCCAACCCGAUUUGGUGCUGAUGGGCAAAAAAAGCAUGUGCGGCAGGACGAUUUGUACGUUCACCUCUUUGCGCGUUGCUCGUGCUCUCGGUGUGGUGAUAUUUUCUCUCUUGGGACCGUGAACUUAGUGCUUGAUCAGUCCCCCUCUGCCAUAAGCUCAUGUUAAGUGUCCAAGCGUUUUAGUUCUUGUACCGGUGGCAAUAUGGAGAGGGAAAACUCCAAUUAGAAGAAAUCACAGACGGGAGAGGGGAUUUUGUCGCCGCGGGCGAGUCAUGUAUUGUUGGGCAGCGGGGAGCUUUAUUCUAGAGUCCGGGUGGUGUACAGGGGUGCUCGUAAGCGGAGUUUAGAGUAAGCUUCUUCCACCAAACUUCCUCACCUCAUCCGGUUUAUACAUUAUUUUCUCUGCUUGUUGUUCUGGGACGAUACGAUGUAUGGCGGCUUUGUUGCUGUAGAGUUAUUGGCUAGCGGUUUGGGGAGUUGGGAGGCCAACGUUACUUGUAGUUGUGCGUAAGAAGCCGGAUGACUGGAACGGUCGUUCGUUAAAACCUCUAGUGAUAGUUUUACAUGUUAGUCAGACUCUCUCUCUUGCGUCAGCCGGCCCUGGUUAGUUUGAUCGUGAUGACGUGCUGGUAACCCUGUGCCCUCGGAC